AGUGCUACAUGCUGGGGAGCUGCUGUUGUGAAGAUGAACAGACGGGAGAUCAACAGGGGUGGCAGCUCCGAUGGCGAAGAACAAGAUGAGGACGACAGGCCCACUGCACCCCAAACAGAGACUCAGGAGCGAUCUCGCUGGAGGAAUCUGUCUGCGUUCUGGUUACUGGGCUUGUGCAAUAAUUUUGCCUAUGUUGUUAUGCUGAGCGCUGCACAUGAUAUUCUGCGGACACAGAAUAAUGAGACUUCCACGGCCAGCACCACUGAAUCUCCUCCGGUCUCCAACAGCAGCAAAUACGACUGUAACCGUAUCUCCACCGCAGCUGUCCUCCUAGCUGAUAUCCUUCCCACUUUAGUCAUCAAAUUCACUGCUCCAUUCUACAUCCACCUGAUCCCCUACAAUUACAGGGUAUCUGUCUGCAUCCUCACAGCUGCUGGGAGUUUUUUAUUAGUGUCAUACUCAACAUCAGUAGCAGUGAGUCUUCUGGGUGUGGUAUUUGCUAGCGUAUCAUCUGGACUGGGGGAGGUGACGUUUCUCAGCCUCACUGCAUUCUUCAGCAGUGAUGUGGUAUCAUACUGGUCCUCCGGUACUGGAGGAGCUGGCAUCCUGGGUUCCCUCUCAUAUUUGGGACUGACUGCGGCCGGUCUCUCACCUCGCUCCUCUCUUCUGGUCAUGUUGGUGAUCCCAGCUCUGCUUCUAAUAAGCUACUUCUUUCUGUUGUGCCCCCCCUCUACUCUCCCUGCAUGGAAGUUACCGCCAAAUACUUUGCCGUAUCCAUGUCCUGACCGCCGGCCGCUCAUAUCGGAAAGCCAGAAGCACGAGAAAGGUGGGCACCCUCCCCUCACUCUUGCACGUAAGUGGCAGGUUAUUAAGUCAUUACUGAAGUACAUGGUCCCUCUAUCCAUUGUCUAUUUUGCUGAAUAUUUCAUUAAUCAGGGACUGUUUGAGUUAAUAUAUUUCUCGCACAGCUCUAUGAGUCACUCGGAGCAGUAUCGCUGGUACCAGAUGCUGUAUCAAGCCGGUGUGUUUAUAUCUCGCUCCUCUCUUCGCUGUCUCACAAUAAGGAAGAUCUGGAUCCUCGCAUUGCUUCAGUGCGUAAACGCAAUCUUCCUCCUUGUCGGUGUGGCGUACCUUUUCCUCCCAUCCCUGGGGUUGGCGGUCAUAUUUGUGAUCAUAAUAUACGAAGGUCUUCUUGGAGGUGGCGCGUAUGUGAACACAUUCAACAACAUCGCUGUGGAAAGUGAACCAGAAGUCAAAGAGUUUGCAAUGGCAGCUGCCUGCGUCUCGGACACGUUUGGAAUAUCCAUUUCUGGAGUAAUCGCUAUCCCUGUUCACAAUUAUUUCUGUGGGCUGCCAUGAAUAUGAUUUCACAGAAAGUAUCCUGGGUACACUGUUUGCAAUGUGGGAUCUCAGCAAGAGAGCUAUAUCGCAUUCAAAUAGAAAGAGGCACCACGUGUGUGUGUCAGAGGAUAAUCGCCAAAACACUAUUAGUAGAUAGGAUAUAGCUUUAUCGCAUUGUAUCAUUUAAAUUCCUGGUGGCCACAUACUGUCCAAAAGAUGGCACCACCUGAAGGAGAUUGGAACAUUUCUCAUGUCUUCACUCCCGUGUUUGCGUGCAAUCAAUAGUUACGUAUAUAUAAGAAGACUGGAGUUAAUGCAGAAAAAGGGAAGAAGUGGCAAGUGCCACCGUUUAAUUUAAAUUCUGUUAUGCCUUUCAAAUUUUCAAGACCUUUUGCUGGAAUAUUUGCACUAGAGACUUUGAAAAUACUGUUGCUAACUUAUCUACACUAACUGAUUAUGAACACUGGAGAAACUGAAAAACUUUCCUUUAAAACGUGGAUUUUUAAAAAUUAUAUAUUUUAAGGAUGGAUUCACUUGCAAUAAUUUUUUUUCAUUUUUUGGCUAGGGCCAAUUUGUGCCAUUUAUUAAUUAGAACACAAUCACAAUCUUGAACUUAGAAGAAAUGCUGAGAGUUACUAUUUAAAGGAUGUCAAAGAUUAUUUAAUAAUUGUAUUUAAAACGUAAUGGUCAAAAUAUGCAGCAAAUAAAUGGUAAACAAGAUUUGUAAACAUGUAGAAUAAUUGGCUAAAUCUACAAAUGUUAGAUUCUCAGAGUGAAGAUCUUGGGGUACCUCUUUUAGCUACUUGUGUCACCAAGGAGGAUUCAGGGGAGGCAGUAGCAGUUUAAAAGGGGGUGCAAGGGGAGUUGAACUCAAUCAUUUUUGUAGCACACCCAUUUCUCAGAAGUGUUGUAAACCUUAAAUUUAGAAUGCAGUCUCUUUUGUAGAUACCCUUUGCUCAAUAAAAACAAAGAAAGAUAUUGAUAAAGAGAGAUUUGAAGAAAAGCAGCAAGUAUAGAAACGUAUAACCAGCCCCCACCCUUGGUAUGUAAUUUGCACCCCCCUUAUAUAAGGGUCAGACCCAUCUAUGAAGAAAAGACACACAAGUUUGGUCUUGUAGAUAAUUAUAUUAUACAUUCCCAUUAGCCAGUGACAGACCCAAUCCAUCAAAUUUAUUUUUAUACAUUUUUAGGACUAGUCGGGGGAGGAAUUCCAAUCAAUGACUAGACAUUCCUUUAUGACAGUUCAGCUAUAAAAUACUGCAAGUGCAGACCUCCCAACUGUCCCUAUUUGAGAGGGACAGGCCCUAAUUCUGAGCUCUGUCCCUCGGAGACCGUCCCUAUUUGCAGAAUUUCCAUUAGCCCCACCCACAUAUCACCUAGACACACCCACUGACCAACCAGACACACCCACUGCCCCGCUCACUAACUACCCAUGAUCCCACCCCUCCCAACACAGCUGCACCCACAGAAUGGUGACAUGCCCCCAUUAACCUCCUGAGUCCCUGAUACCCAGCCAAAUGUUGAGAGGUAAGCAAGUGAGUAAAAAAAAAGCUCUAACCCCUUUUGAAUAGGGCUCAUUACGUAUAGGCCUCAGUAUAAAUAUAUGCCUCAUUACGUGUAGGCCUCACUAAGCAUAGGCCUCAUUACAAAUAAACCUCAUUACAUAUAGGCCUCAUUAAGUGUAGGCCUCAGUACAAAUAGGCCUCAUUACGAAUAGGCUUCAUUACGUAUAGGCCUCAUUACGUGUAGGCCUUAGUACAAAUAGGCCUCAUUACGUGUAGGCCUUAGUACAAAUAGGCCUCAUUACAUAUAGGCCUUAUUAAGUGUAGGCCUUAGUAUAAAUAUGCCUCAUUACGUGUAGGCCUUAGUACAAAUAGGCCUCAUUACGUGUAGGCCUUAGUACAAAUAGGCCUCAUUAUGUGUAGGCCUUAGUACGUAUAGGCCUCAUUACGUGUAGGCCUUAGUACGUAUAAGCCUCAUUACGUGUAGGCCUUAGUACAAAUAGGCCUCAUUACGUGUAGGCCUUAGUACAAAUAGGCCUCAUUACAUAUAUGCCUCAUUAAGUGUAGGCCUUAGUAUAAAUAUGCCUCAUUACGUGUAGGCCUUAGUAAAAAUAGGCCUCAUUACGUGUAGGCCUUAGUACAAAUAGGCCUCAUUACGUGUAGGCCUUAGUACGUAUAGGCCUCAUUACGUGUAGGCCUUAGUACGUAUAGGCCUCAUUACGUGUAGGCCUUAGUACGUAUAAGCCUCAUUACGUGUAGGCCUCAUUACGUGUAGGCCUUAGUACGUAUAGGCCUCAUUACGUGUAGGCCUUAGUAUGUAUAGGCCUCAUUACGUGUAGACCUUAGUACGUAUAGGCCUCAUUACGUGUAGGCCUUAGUACGUGUAGGCCUCAUUACGUGUAGGCCUUAGUACGUAUAGGCCUCAUUACGUGUAGGCCUUAGUACGUAUAGGCCUCAUUACGUGUAGGCCUCAUUACAUGUAGGCCUUAGUACGUAUAGGCCUCAUUACGUGUAGGCCUCAUUACGUGUAGGCCUUAGUACGUAUAGGCCUCAUUACGUGUAGGCCUCAUUACAUGUAGGCCUUAGUACAAAUAGGCCUCAUUACGUAUAGGCCUCAUUAUGUGUAGGCCUUAGUACAAAUAGGCCUCAUUACGUGUAGGCCUUAGUAGAAAUAGGCCUCAUUACGUGUAGGCCUUAGUACAAAUAGGCCUCAUUACGUAUAGGCCUCAUUAUGUGUAGGCCUUAGUACAAAUAGGCCUCAUUACGUAUAGGCCUCAUUACGUGUAGGCCUUAGUACAAAUAGGCCUCAAUAUGUAUAGGCCUCAUUACGCGUAGGCCUUAGUACAAAUAGGCCUCAUUACGCGUUGGCCUUAGUACAAAUAGGCCUCAUUACGCGUUGGCCUUAGUACAAAUAGGCCUCAUUAAGUGUAGGCCUUAGUACAAAUAGGCCUCAUUACGUGUUGGCCUCAUUAUGUGUAGGCCUCAUUACGUGUUGGCCUUAGUACAAAGAGGCCUCAUUACGUAAUGGCCUUAGUACAAAUUGGCCUCAUUAUGUGUAGGCCUCAGGCUAUUCUAUACUUGUCAGUGAGGUUUGGCUGAAGCCCUUGGAAGCUGGGAGCAAGGGAUACAUACAUAAGUGUUUGUGCUCUAAAGGACAUGGCAUGAUAGGAGUAUUAUUUUAAGGUGCUGAAUAGUGUCAGAUACCAAGUUAAACUGAAUGGUGUCCACACAACAUGUAGUCUCUUUUAUCUCAGUUGUUUCUUUAACAAGGGGUAAUUUCCUUUUCCCUUUUUUUAAAGGGACAAAAACCUUGUAAUUACAAGACAUUCCUGUAUUGCUAUAGAAUAAUAUACCAGCCAAGUGUGAGCUUUUUCUAAACUAACUAACACUUUGUUUGCUACAAUUGUUUUUCUAUAGCCAAACUCCACCCACCAGUUGCCUUAUCUGAAACAACAAAUCCAACAGUUGCCUUAUCUGAAACAACAAAUCCAACAUGUUACUGUAAUAGACUAUGUCUGCAAUUACCAUUUUGCUAGUAAAUGCUACAUUGCUUUGUAGUCCCUUAUCCGAGAACUUCUGCUUCCAGUUAGAGACAAAUAUGUUGCAGGGUUAGGCUGUGAAAUCUGCAGUGUCCAAUUACCAGUGUUGAAAAACAAACAUUUUUUAGAAUUAAAGUGAUGGUAAAUUCUAGCGUUUCAAAAACACUAGGUUUUACCAGCACUGGGGAAAAAAAAUUCCAGAAAAAGGGGGGCAAAAUAAAUAACUAUAGUAUAUUGCAAAGAUGUUUUACUACGCGUAAAUAUUUUUUAUAUUGUUCACGAUCUCAUUUAAAUAUAAAAGUACAUUUUUAUACUGUGAAAUGUUCAAACUUGUGCUUAUGAAGAGGUUUUGUAUAUAUUAAUAUCUACUGGUACUGGUGGUCUUUGUUAAUAUGAACUGUAAAAUGGCAUAUUGUAAAGCACCCGUGUUGUAAAAUAACUAGUUAUUAUGUAUUGUAUGUCAUCAGUACAAACUGAGAAUGUGUUUGUUAUAUAUCAUUUCUUCCUGUUGGAACCUCCAUAUUAAUACAUGUCCUAAAAAGUAAAUGUGAAUUGCAACAAAUUCAUUUUAAACAUAUCUCAAAAUGAUGCAGCCUAUUUGGCAGGCAAAGGGUUAAAAGACAUGAAACUGUUAUCUUGUGUUGUCUGAAUCUGAAAACAUAGGUUCUUGCUUCCUUAAACUACAUUAAAAAAAAAACAACUCUGUACACCUAA